CAUGCAUAAGAUCAGUGAAGGACUACCGAUCUGAAACGUUUCUGGAACAUCGAGACUUCAAAUUGUUGUCUCUCCGUGUGACUAUUUUCAGUCUCGGGUAUGGAUUGUUCCCCAAUGACGUAGAGAGCAAUCGACUCCCAAGCUGUAAAACUACAUAUUGGUAUCCGUUAAAUGUGUUGGCAAUACUAAGAUGAAGUGAGCUGGUGCCUUUCAGUGAGACCGUGUUAAUUAGAAUGUUGGCAUCUAUUCUCCCGUGACAAACCAAAUGGGAUGGGAGAUGCCGAUAUUUUCCGGAUGAUGAACCACAGGAGGGUUCCAUUCUAAACCUCAUCGCAAAUGAUCAGGACUUGAUGUCUGUGUUCACAGAUGAGCUUUCCGCUUGAAGGCAUCUCAUGUACUGGACUUUGUCUCGUGAAUUAAUCAUAGAAUCACCGAGCAUAGUAGACGCGCAGAGAACGUAUAAAACCGGGGCAGUGAUUGUGACGUCACCUCUCACGGGAAUCACAGCAAUGGGGCAUCGACGUAAACACACCUAAACACAGUCUGACGAAGAUGACGAAGAAACAUUGAACACGUCAACCGUGUAGCUUUCUUACAUUCAUCUUACUAAACACGUUACACGUGGCUGUGGAAGGUGCUAUGGGGACAGAUUGACACAUGCUUCUGGGAAUGGUUUUAUCGCGGAUGCUUCCUCACCUUUGUCUAUAAAGGACUAACGACAUGGAAUUACUGCACCUGUCACAACUGAAGGCCUGGUUCGCUGGUGUCAUCAUUGCUGUAGGAUUCCUUACAGGUGACGGAGCGACCGUUCCUCCCACCUAUCAGUCCAUCAACAGUCUGACCUGCUAUGACUGUUCCGAGAACACAAAGGAUGCUAAUAACUACUGGGAUCCCUUUACGCCCUGCCAGAGUAACCUUAGUGCAGUACCCCUCAGGCAUUGUCACUCUACAGACAAGUACUGUAAGGUGGAGCGUGUGACGGUCAAAGGGAUGACCAUCAGCAUCAACAGAGACUGCACCGCUGAGUGCAAAUACGGCUGCAGAGCCUCCGGGUACGGCGUCACAAAAAUCAGAUGCAUAUCCUGCUGUAGAGAAAACGCCUGCAACACCGACAACGUGGGCAGUAGGACAACUUUGAGUCUAACGACUUUGGCAAUAAUGAUGUGUUAUUUCAUGGUGACCCACGUUGUAAGGUAGCGCACUCGUGCGUCACUAGUGCGAAGACAGAAGUCAUCUUGAAGGGGAAAGGUACUUUUCGACGAGGGCAUUUAACAGUGUAUAUGUAUAUUACAUACAAACCGUUACCUUGACAUCAAUAACACAAGGGGAACACACUUCCGUAGCUGCCAGCAAGUGUAUGUCAAGGUGUAUUGGAUAAUAUGAACUAUAUAGAAAUGCAUGGUACAUUAUCAAAAUAACAUGUAACAGACAAUCAGGGUGUGAUUGUAGCAUCAAACAGUAUAAUUUUCAUUGCAAUGAUAUAUUUAAUUACAUACAUAAAAGAAACUAAGGCACAUCAUUAGGAUAUUCUCUAUCUACACACAAUUACUCGCUGUUUUUCAUAGUUUCAAGUUAAUAGGGGGUUUUUAAAAACGAAUUAUGAUAUGAGACACAUGUCGGACAAAAUUUCAUUGUGAUGUUACAUGUGAUGUUACAAUAGGCUAGAAAAUGAAUAUCGGUAUUAGUAGGG